CGGCACAGGAGGGCACGGGAUUUACUGUAAAGUUACGAGACGGGAUCCCAGAGAGGAAUCUUUUACAGAGGUUUCUUAUAGAAUAGAUAUCUUCAUCUUGGUGUUAAUUAAAUAGCCGAUUUGUCCCGUAACUCUUUGUUAUGUUGUAAAAACAACUUCCUGAUGAUGACAGUAUAUCUGCUCCCUGAUGUCAAAGUGUCAUGUCGGCCAACACAUGUGGCUGUUCUUCAGUUUGCUGCGUAUUCAUCUUCACCUCCUCUGCGGUUGAGCCUCGUUGUCGACACUCAAACAGCUUUUUUUAUAAGCACCUUCCAAACUGUAGAUUUUCAAAAACUCCAAAUGCACGAGAAACAACAACAACGGCGAUGUAUCGGUUUACAAAUCUUGAUUACAAAUUUGCAGCUAAAAUGUUUGCGUCACCGCACAUUAUUGGUUGGACCACUAUACGUUGGUAUUUGACGGAUCAACAGUGUUGACUGGCCCGGCGUUCUUGUUUGAGCGUUUGUAGUCAUUUUUAGUUUUCUUGCCUGAAUGGAGAUCAUUAGUAAAACGAAGGUUGUGUGUGUUGUGGAGACAAGAGCUUGGAAUCAAAUGAGUCGAUACUUGUACAACUUGCUCACAGCAGUGAAGUAGUUAUAUGAACAUGGAUUAGAUACAAGCACCUGUUUACUGUAAUUUUAGGUAAAGCAGAUCUUGGAGGGUUUAUGAACAUUUAUUUUGGAAACGCUGACACUGUGAUAAAUCUCCCUGUUACUUAUUACAAAAGUAAAUGAUGCCUUCAUAGAUUUUCCUCUAAUUAAAACAUAAAACAAACAGAGAUAAACAUGAAACUUCAACACAAGUAGUUAAACUCCUGAGCUGUGGUUUAUGCUAAUGACCUGCGCCCAUAAGAACACACCCGUGACCAAUCAGAUCGCUCAGAUUAAGACGCCCCGUUACAUAACCGUUGUGAUGGCAGCGUGUCUGAAACGUUAAACUGGUCACUUUCUAACAGACGCCAUCAGGAAGUAAAGAAUGAGGUCGUCACUGCUCUCGUCAUCUACGUCACCGUCUGUUUAACGUCAUGUCUCGUAGGAGUUCUCGCCUGUUGUCCGGUGGCUACUACAACUCAGAUGAAGACUCUGACUCAAGCAGCGUGACAAACAUCUCCUACCGUGAAAACCCUGUCAAGGUUUUCAAGAAGAAGGCAGGGACCCGCAAGGCCAGCCCUCGUACCUCCAGCAGAGCCAAUAGCAAUACUAGUUCACCCAGCCACGAGUCGCCCGCCACUGCAGACCAGUGUGAUGGCCCGAGUCCUUCUCCCUCGAGCAGCCAGCCCCAGGCAAUCAUGAGGACGGAGCCCUACGUCUUCCCCGCAGCCACCCCUCGGCCGGCCCUGACCCCGUCAUCAUCCCGGAGUCAGACCCCCACAUGCUGCCCCUCAGUGCCUCCAGAGAAGAGCCUGUACGCUGGACUUUACAGCUCCACCAGGCCUGGAUUACACCUGAGGCCGAACCACAAGGAGCUUAUUCAGAGCGCAGUGGACAGCUCAGGCUACUCGUCCUCCGAGGGUAUUUACAAGAGGCCCCUCGUUGCCCCCAGCAGCUCUGUUAGAAUGAGUGGGGCUCCCACCCCCGGAUACAGGACCAGAAUCACCAGUGCCUUCUUUAGUCUGAUGGACUCGGCCUCAUUGACGGCUGUCGCAGCUCAGUCCAAAGUGAAGGCUCUGACAGCUGGAGCAAACACUUGGUUCACCCGUCGCGUGAAGAAGGCUUGUGUUCUGUUCCUCCUCCUCCUCCUCCUCCUCCUCCUCAUGCUUCUAUGUUUUUGGUUCCUCUUCCCCUUGUUGACCUCUUUCAUCUCCCACAUGAGUGUCGCAAAGACCCCGUCACAGACUAAACCAGAGAGUCGACCAGUUAUCACUGCCACUCCUCCUCCUCCUCCUCCUGCUCCUCCUGCUCCUCCUGCUCCUCAACCCAGCACCAUGCCUCAUGCACCUGUGGUGGAUCCAGCUGUUGUUUCCGCUGCUGUAGAAGCCAAGAUGCAGAAUCUUUUGGCCGAGCUGCUGCUGAAGCAGGAGCAGCUUUUCUCCCAGAUGAAGGAGCGGAUGAAUCUGGACAUGCAGGGUAUCAAAGCCAGUCUCGACACUGUGGACUCGGACACUCGGCUGCGUCUGAAGCAGGAAGUCGCCGGCCUGGGCAGGAAGAUGGUGGAGUAUCAGACGGACAGUCGGUCUGCUGCUGCCGGCCUCAGCCUCAGGAUCCAAGCUGUGGAGGCUGAGAAUUCCAAGCUCUCCCAGGAGUUGUCCUCCAUCCAGCUGACGCCUCCCCCAGCCCCUUGUCCUGAAACCACCGUUGCCCCCGUCCAGGACCAUCUGACCCCAGAGCUGCAACAGGCCAUGGAGAAGUGGCUCACCGACCGCAUCAAGGAGCAGGACGUCCUCAGACUUGGUGACAAAGGGAGCGACGCUGACUUAGGACGUCCCAUGGCUGACAAAAUGGCCGACUUUGCCCUGGAAACUCAAGGUGCCAGCGUGAUCAGCACCAGGUGCUCGGAGACGUAUCGAAUCCGUUCAGCGUGUGUGUCCCUGUUUGGUUUCCCCCUGUGGUAUCCGUCAGAAAGCCCACGCACUGUCAUUCAGGGUAACCCAGUGCUGCUCCCGGGGAAAUGUUGGGCGUUUCACGGUGUCCAGGGGGUUCUUGUCAUCUCUCUGUCUCACCCUGUGAGGAUCACCCAUGUGACACUGGACCACCUCCCGCGCUGCAACUCCCCCACCGGCCGCAUCGACUCCGCGCCCAAAGACUUUGAAGUCUACGGAGCGACAGACGACACCGAGGAAGGAACUCUGUUGGGGACUUUCACCUACGAUGAGGAAGGAGAGUCGACGCAGACGUUUCAGCUGCUUAAGCCCAGUGAGGAGGUUUACAGAUUUGUGGAGCUGCGUGUCCUCAGUAACUGGGGUCAUGUGGAAUACACGUGUCUGUACCGCUUCCGCGUGCACGGGAAGAUGGCGUCCACGUGAGGCCGGCUGGCUGCAGCACCGGGUCUCGUUAAAACAUAUCAGGAAGGACUUUUGAAAUGUCGCUUUUAGAACAGAAAGUCAAAUCCAUGCUUAUGCUACUGAAACGUGUUUGAUGUUGAUGAAUGGAACUUGUGUGUGUCGGCAAGUUCGCUGUGGUUUGAAACUGCUUAAUGUUGAAGUGACAGAUCACAGGAGGGGUUUUUUUAUGCAAAAGUUGAAGUGCACACUUGUCUUUGAGUAAAUUGUACAUAAUGACGUGUUGAUUAUAUUUCUAAAAACCAAAUAUCUACCUAGUAAAAACCCUUCGGGAGCUUUAUGCUGUCGGACUUAUGAGCGUGCCACAAAAUAAUGUUUUUAACUCUUGCUGUUAUUAAUUAUUAUUUACUAUUGAUCAGAUAUUUCCUGCUUCACAAUCCCACCGGAGAAAAACGCAGUGAAAACACGUUUCUUUACCAAGUGCAGUGGAGCAGCUGGAUGUUAAACAGUCCUCAGUGGUACAUGAGUUGUUCAGUCACUGACUUUUACUCGUUGUGAACUAAUGUUUGCAAUCAUGCACCUCAGAGCUUCUCCCACAUUCGUGAGGAAGUGACUUGAAUAACAAAAUAAUAACAAUUAUUUUCUGUGCUGUUUAAUAAAUAAGUCUUCAGUUUAAAAUGCAAUUCAAAUUCCCCCACAUCCCUUGGUGACGUCUUCAGAUUUAUUUAUUAUGUUGGACCAACAGUCUGAAAUGCAAAGUUAUUCAGUUUACUGUCGUGUACGUAAAGAAAAGUAUUAAAUCUCACAUUUUGAGUUGAUUAAUGUGCUUUUGUUUAUCAACUAAAUAAUGAAUCCGUGCAGGUCAAAGGUCAAUACUUCAUAUUUUAUUGUGAAGUUCUCAGUCAGGCGUGUAAAUCCCCUGUUGUCUGAUUCUUUUUGACCUUACGUUCUUCUGAGUGUCGCUGAUGUUGUGACUAAACGUCCUGUAAACACAAGGCAGCGCCGGAUGUCUGCUCCUCAGCAUCGCUUGUUACUUGUAAGUUCAAUUGAAUCUAAUAUUCCUACGAAAGGUUAAAUAUGCAGCUUAAAACAUUUACUUUCUCUGUUUUCUGUGUGAGUUUCAGCUCAGUGAUUUACUGCUGGUACUUGAAUACUUGAAAACCUCUUUUUCGAAACGUCCUCGAGCGGAGUCGCGUUGACUCUGUGACGUCAGCGUUCCCGCUUCCUUGUACGUGAAACUUUUAGUUUUGAAUGAGCGACGCAAACCAGGAGAGAAAGGUGUUAUUUAUUUGUAUAAUGAAAAUAUUCAUGUCUGAAUUCAUGUGUUCGGCUCAAUGAUUCAGUUUAAUUAUUAUUUGAGUGUAUAAUCGUUAAAGUUUACACAUUGAAAAUCUCCUCCGCUCAUACAAUGACAAAACUGCACUUAGCAGCGCGCACGUCAGGAUCACAACCAUUUCAUGUUCAUGUAUGUUUCGUUUGGUGUUGAAAAUAUUUGACACUUGUUCUUAUUCCAGGUAAAAUCCAGGAUCUCUCUCUCUCUCUGAUUUCCAUAAUUCAAAUUUAGAUUAGUCGUAAAAUGAGAUGUAGAAAAACAGAAACAGUUGAGAGAGAGAGUUAUGAUUUGGAUCAAGACAAAGGAGAAUUACACCCCAGUAUCAGGAGUUGUGUGUUAGUUACAGUAUUAACUGGCAGUUUAUCAGGUACACUUAUUUGAAUGCAGUGUAAUAACACUCUGCUCUCUGUUCCACACCUCAGAAACUGUCUCAACACAGACAUGACAACCCUCAGUAGAGUACAAGGUGUACCUAAUAAACUGCCAACUGAGAAUACCUCGGCGAGGAUGAAACUUUACUGGACAAAACAUUGAUGUAAUCUGUGCUGGUAACAUGAAUUAAUAAUUGUCACACAUUGCAUUUCGUGUCUAAACUGGUGUUUGUAUUUCCAAACAGUUUCUAGAUGUUUGGAUUAUGUGUAACCAUGAAUUAUGAUUCGGAGGCACUUUUAUUUGACACUGAAUUGAGUUGAUUGGCUGUUGAGAUGAAAAUCAUAUUGAAUGUGUUUUGUUCAACACAUCGUUUCAUGUAUUUUCAUGUGUUUUCAGCGUGACCUUUGUGUUUAAAGCCAUAUGAACAACAUAGAGAACAAAGUGUUUAUCAGAGUCAAUUAACUUCAUCUUUUUUUUAUAUUUACACAUCUGAUGUUCAUAGAAAUCUUCAAGGUAACUGGAAUAAUUCAUUUACUUUUCUAACAAUAGUUUUCUCUUUAAAUUGAACUAUAUCGUUUCUCAGAUACUGCCUGACGUGUUCUCUAUUUGACUACAAAUCCUAUUUGUAAGACAAACUGGGAUGUUUGUAUGAUUUAUUAAAUAAAAACAUUGAAACAUA